AGACUGUUCAGGUUAAUAAUUAAUGAGAUGUUCCAUUAACAAUUUUAAUGAGAAUCUGAAUAGUGCUCUUAGAAACACCCUUAAGAAUGUUACCAGCAUUGUUUAUUGCAGUUGGCCUAGAGCGGGAUCCCCUGCCCACCUUACAUUAUUUUUGCUUGGGUUUUAGGGUUUUUUUUUUUCCCCUUCAUUUUAUUUACCUCCCUCUGCUUGCAUGCUUCAUCACCUCACCUGAACUCUUAAGAACAACAGCUGUUCAUGCUUCGUUUACGGGGAACUCUUGUGAUCAUUAACCUCCCAUAGCUUUACGUGUACAUCCUUGCAUCUCAAGAAGAAAUGGCUUGCGCUGAGUAUUCUUUUCACGUGCCAAGUCUUGAGGAGCUUGUUGGAGUUCUGCAGAAGGGCCUCAAAGAUAACUUUGCUGAUGUCCACGUGUCUGUGGUCGAUUGCCCUGAUUUGACUAAGGAGCCAUUUACCUUUCCUGUAAAAGGCAUCUGUGGGAAAACUAGAAUUGCAGAAGUAGGAGGUGUGCCUUACUUAUUGCCUCUUGCAAAUAAAGAAAAAGUUUAUGAUGUAAAUAAGAUUGCAAAAGACAUUAAGCUUCCUGGAGCUUUUAUUCUUGGAGCAGGAGCAGGCCCAUUUCAGACUGUUGGGUUCAACUGUGAGUUUAUGCCAAUUAUUCAAACAGAAAGUGAACACAAAUCUCCAGUAAAUGGAAGUUACUUUGCCCAUGUUAACCCUGCAGAUGGAGGGUGCCUGCUCGAGAAAUACAGUGAGAAAUAUCACGAUUUUGGGUGUGCGUUACUGGCUAAUCUUUUUGCCAGUGAGGGCCAACCUGGAAAGGUCAUUGAGGUGAAAGCCAAAAGAAGAACUGGAAAACUUAACUUUGUGACUUGUAUGAGACAGACUCUUGAAAAACAUUAUGGAGAUAAGCCUGUAGGGAUGGGAGGUACUUUCGUAAUUCAGAAGGGAAAAGCGAAGACUCACAUAAUGCCCACAGAAUUUUCUUCCUGCCCUUUGAACUCUGAUGAGGAGGUGAAUAAAUGGUUGCACUUUUAUGAGAUGAAAGCUCCUUUGGUUUGUCUGCCAGUUUUUGUCUCCAGAGACCCAGGGUUUGAUUUGCGAUUGGAGCACACCCAUUGUUUCAGUCAUCAUGGAGAAGGUGGACACUACCAUUAUGACACUACCCCAGACACAGUGGAAUAUCUUGGAUACUUCUUGCCUGCAGAGUUUCUGUAUCGCAUUGAUCAACCCAAAGAGACCCAUUCAAUUGGGCGAGAUUAAAUCAAAUGAAAAAGAAAUAAUUAAGGUUAAGUAAUCAACUCAUUGAUUGAUACUAAUAUAAAAUCCAAUAGAAAUGAUCUCACGACUUAAAUCCCAUUGUUUUGGCCAUUAACUGAAAGGUACGUUGACCUCUGUACUCUGUAUUAUCUGAUAUAUCUUAGAGAUUAUUGGGAACAAACAUACAUAAUGAAAAAGGUUCAUUUUUUUAUUCUUUAUUCACAGCAAAAUCAGUCUUAUGUUUAUAUCUUAAAUAUAACAUGAUCAGGAAUCACGUGAUUAUACCUACUAUCUACUGGUAAUAACUUACAUUUGUAUAACAUUAUUAAGUUUUUCAAAAUACUCUCACAAGUCCUAAGUGGAUGUUUCUGGGUAUUAGAAAAAUCAGUGUUGCAAAUGCUGAUAGUUAUUGAAUCUGUAGUAUUAAAUUUUAAAAAUCCAUUUCAGAAAUCAGAGUAUACUUUUUUAUUUUCGUGGAAUAAGAUGGGCAGAGGAAGCAAGUUUCCCCCUUUUGGUGGGGUUGAACCAUACUCAGGAGUUCGCAAUUUGACUUUCACAAACAUUGGCAACUAGGUGGUUAGCCAUGAUGCCUCCUUUGUUUGGGUUGCCAGUUGGAAGCAAUUUGUAUCUUGUUGGCUAUUUGCCAGAAGGAAAGGGAAAAGAAACAUCCAAAUACAACACUGAAGUGGGUAUACUUUAAUUUAUAAGUGAGGCCGUUGGUACACAUGACACUGUCCUUUGUGAAAUAAAAAAUUAUACUCUUUUACUGAUUGAAAUUGUUGGCAUUAUCCUCAGUAUUCUUCUUUAAUAAUCAUUAGCCAGAAAUCAACUGUCUAAUCGUAAUCUUGCUAAUGCUAAGCAUGUGCAGAUUUAGGAGCUCUUUAAUAGCAAACACAUACUAAAUCUUCAAAAAAUAUUUUUUGAUUGUCUUCUUUGAAUGUUACCUAUAACCUGUCCUGUGAGUAGAAAUUUGUAAAUGUUAUUUUUACAAGAAGCACUAGUUUGAAGCAAAAAAUGAAUAAAAAGUUUAUAGUCACAGUA